ACCAGCAUGCAUUGCGCGGUCGCCAUUUUUCUUGUUGUGUUGAGUAAACUCUCGCUAGCUGCCGCUUUUAUACAGUCAUUAAUCGUGCUUUUUUGGCUUUUUGGUGUCAUUUUACUUGAAAAAAAAAAGCUGCAAAAAUGGCUCAAUACAAAGGAGCUGCCAGCGAGGCGGGCAGAGCCAUGCAACUGAUGAAAAAACGAGAAAAGGAGAGAGAGCAACUGGAACAACUCAAACAGAAGAUUGCAGAGGACAAUAUGGUCAAGUCUAACAUCGAUAAGAAGUUCUCAGCACACUACGAUGCUGUGGAGGCAGAGUUGAAGUCCAGUACUGUUGGUCUGGUGACACUGAAUGAUAUGAAGGCCAAGCAGGAGGCUCUUGUGAAGGAGCGCGAGAAGCAACUGGCAAAGAAGGAGCAGUCCAAGGAGCUCCAGCUAAAGCUUGAGAAGCAGAAGGAGAAGAAGAGGAAAGAAGAACAGAAGAGGAAAAUUGCCAGUUUGUCAUUCAAUCCGGAAAUCGACGGUGAAGAAGAAGAAGAAGAGGAGGAGGAGGAAGAGGAAGAAGAGGAGGAUGAAGAGGAUUAUGUUCCUGUAAAGAAGAAGAAGCUUGGAAAGAAUCCAGAUGUAGACACAAGUUUUCUUCCUGAUCGAGACAGAGAGGAGGAGGAGAAUCGACUGCGAGAGGAGCUCAGGCAGGAGUGGGAGCUCAAACAGGAGAAGAUCAAGAACGAGGAGAUCGAGAUUACCUUCAGCUACUGGGAUGGAUCCGGCCAUCGAAAGACUGUCAAGAUGAAGAAAGGCAACACCAUGCAGAAUUUUCUGCAGAAGGCCCUAGAAGUCCUAAGAAAGGACUUCAGUGAACUCAGGUCCGCUGGUGUCGAGCAGCUGAUGUACAUCAAGGAAGAUCUGAUAAUCCCACAUCACCAUAGCUUCUAUGACUUCAUUGUGACCAAAGCCAGAGGCAAAUCGGGUCCUCUCUUCAGCUUUGAUGUCCAUGAUGACAUCCGACUGGUCAAUGACGCUACUGUAGAGAAAGAUGAGUCACACGCAGGGAAAGUGGUGCUGAGGAGUUGGUACGAAAAGAACAAGCACAUUUUCCCUGCCAGUCGCUGGGAGCCGUACGACCCAGAGAAGAAAUGGGACAAAUAUACGAUCCGGUGAAACUACAUCAAACGUCUUCUGUAUUGUAACAUAUUUCUUCUGUUUCCUUCUACAAUUGGACCCUUUUAAGUUCAUCAAAAUGCUAACUUAAAUGCUUGUGAUUGAAUGAUGGUUAAUAAAUGUAGUCUGUAAUGACAAUUGGA